GUCCUUGACCAGCGACUCAUGAUAAAUUACUCGACCUGAACCUGACCUGUGAUGGGGCGGGUAUGGGUAUCAUGAUACCUGCCUCAUUGCCAUUCCUACAGUAGACGUGUCGCCAGCUUUUGAGAUUUUCUCUUAUCCUUAUCUUAAGGAUAGUAGCAGUGGUGGGAAGGGCCGCGAGAGGACGCGUGGUAGUAGAUGUAGUCACUGUUGACAACUCUGUGUAGCAUCAAGGCAUUUGGCCUGGCAGUUUUUGGGUCAAUUUGGCCUUUUUCUUGGGCUUGUUUGGCCUGUGGCCUUUUUCUUUGCUUGUUUUGCAGGUGUACAGGUUCUCACCGCUGGCACAUUUUAGUUGGAUGUGCCUAUACAUUUUUAUAGCUUCAGUGGAAAGUCAACGUGUGGAGUACCCUAAAAUUUGUAUCCUUUGUAAUUUAAUUUAUAUCGUGUGUUUGCAUUUGCAAGUUUGGUCCUUCACUUCCGCCCUGAAAAGAGUUGAGGAUUUGAGGUACAGUCGACGUUUCUUUCUUAUUUCUUUUUUGUGAUUUGACCUGUAAAAGUCUUGUACUUAUAUUUCGUAUCUUGUUACUUCUCACCACAAUAGCGAAAAAAAUAAAAUAAAAAUAGAAUCACAUUAAAUGCAAAUUUGAUUUGAUCAUUGUGGAUGGUCCAAGGAAGCUCUUCAUAGUCAUCCGGCAGUCCUAGUCAGCGCCCAAAAUCUCAACACAUGCAAUAGCUGUUUGUCUAUUUCAGGCCAUCCCAGAUCGGUAAUCUCCUCACUCUUGCGACUUCUAAAUCUGGGUGGGUUCGCAACCUUUGGGGCUCCUUCCUUCCAUACUGAUAAUGGCGGCAGGAACCAGCAGGAAGAUAUCUGCUGCCUCGGCAAGGUCUCACACUAGAAGAGCUAAGCAGAGCUCCGGCCUUACCCUCCCUUCAGGGAUCUUUCCGGGAGUACUUUUGGUUGUGCUUGCUGGGCUAGUGGCUUGGGGUUACCAAGCAAUCCAACCACCUCCACCCAAGAUAUGUGGUUCUUCUGAUGGACCGCUAGUCACAGCAUCAAGAAUCAAGCUUCGAGAUGGAAGGCAUUUGGCUUACCGAGAACAUGGUGUGUCAAAGGAUGUUGCCAAGAUUAAAGUCGUCUUUAUCCAUGGUUUCGAUGUCUGUAGGCUUGAUGAUGUCAUUGCCAAUUACACUUCUCCGGAAUUUGUUGAGGAGUUGGGGAUCUAUUUUGUGUCAUAUGACAGACCUGGUUAUGGAGAGAGUGAUCCUCAUCCAUCGAGAACAGUGAAGAGCCAGGUGUCAGACAUAGAAGAGCUUGCUGAUCAAUUGGGACUGGGGUCUAAAUUCUACUUAAUUGGUUACUCGCUUGGCGGCCAGCUGGGAUGGGGCUGCCUGAAGUACAUUCCUCACAGGCUAGCAGGGGUGACACUGUUGACCCCAGCUAGUAACUACUGGUGGCCUGGCUUUCCUUCCAACUUAUCUACUGAAGCCUUGUACAAACACCCACCUUGUGACUACUGGUCUCUUCGUGUGGCUCAUUAUGCUCCCUGGUUAACUCAUUGGUGGAAUACCCAAAACUGGUUUCCAAUUCUUGGCGCAAUAAGUAAAAGCCCUCAUAUUCUUUCUCGUGAAGACAAAGAAGUUGCAGCUAAGCUCAUAGCUAAAGGAGCUAAUAAUAUGGAACAUGUACGACAGCAAGGAGAAUAUGAGUCUCUCCAUCGUGACUUGAACGUAGGAUUUGGCACUUGGGAGUUUGAUCCCGUGGAGAUGGAGAACCCUUUCACUAACAAUGAAGUCUCUGUACAUCUGUGGCAAGGAGAUGAAGACAUUCUGGUGCCUGCUAUAUUGCAGCGCUACAUUGCAGAGCGCCAUUCUUCUUGGAUUCAAUACCAUGAGCUUGCUGGUUCUGGACACUUCUUCCCUUAUCUUGAUGGGAUGGCUGACACCAUUGUGAAGACGAUGCUGAACGACAAGGAGUAAGCUUUGACAGGCCUGGGAGAGUUGUCGGUGGACCAUGGUGUGUUGCCCCAGGCUGGAAGAUUCAAAGCAUUUGGCAAUGUUGUUUUAGUUGCAGCUUUCGGAGCUAUAGAUUGUGUUGUAUUUCUAUUGUUUAGAGUUGAGAUUUUUUUGUAAUGAUGUUUAGACACACUGCACUUAAAACUGCUGUUUUGAGCAUGGAUUCUGGAGCAGGACACUGCACUUCAUAAGCUUAAUUGGUGAUCGAGUAAUUGGUGAUCGGGUAAGAUAACCAACAGGUAUGCAAAAAAAUGGUAUAAUAAACCAAGAAUCUAUGAUUCUGAUUAGGAUUGGCGCUAGGUCUGUGAUAACCCGAAAUUUGCACAUGUUUUGUCCACUAUUCUUGCACCGUUUGAGGGUCGAUUCUCGUGUUUUAAGUUGAUUUCACGCUAGGGUGUGCUUUUAUGUCAUAUUUUAGGACUUGGAAUGAAAUUGGAGGUUUGGAAGCGAGUUUCAGGUAAAAAACGGAGAGUUGGCAGAAAGUAGAGUUGGAAGGGCAAAAUACCCGGUCAGGUAACCCAAAUACCUGCCAGGGUAUUUAACCCAGAGGUCGGGUAUUCCCCCUACGAUGAGAAGCUGAAACGCGUCGUUUAGUUUAAAUACCUGGUAUGAUCCCCUAAUACUCGAUCGGGUAUUCAGACCGAGUACUUUGUCUAGAUGUUCUUGCUAAAACAAACCGUCGAUUUGUCUAGAUUUACUUUAUGACUAAUAAAAAAUCUAAACACUUCCCUCCAUGAAAGCUCGCUCAAUAUAUCUUAUUAAUAACGUAUCAAUAGAAAUGUGUUUAGACACCCUUAUAAAAACAAAAACAAUCAAAAGCGAACUACGUGAAUUUUGAUCCCGACUACUAGAGUACGUAGGCAACCAAUAUGUUUGAGUCCAACUAAUAAAAAAAUCUUUCUUUUACUCUGGAGAACUACGUCAAUAGACAUAUGUAAUACGCCCUGGGAGGGUGUAAGAUCAGAAUUCAACGCAGCACAGGCCUCAACUCAAUUGAAUCAGACCUCUUCCUUGCUCCUGAUGAAACAGAGUUCCGAAACCAGCCUAGGUAGCUAGCUUCGAGCACUAAAAUAGAUGAAAUCUGAGGGUUUCUUCACACCUGAGAAGAAGCACUCGAGAUAUAGUGUUGUCUUCGAGUAACUGAGGGUGAAAACAGCUAAUAGACUCAAUGUUCCUAGGUUUGAUCGCAACCAAAUCCUAAGCUCAACGAUCAACUCGCAAGUUGUUCAAUUUUGGGUUUUUCUUAUUCAAUGCAAUCUGAAUGAUACAAAACGAGUUUGAGGCCUUUUAUAGGCUUACACAAUUACAAACAAACUAGAAUAAUGAUUGAAACUAACCUAACUAAGCAAGGAAACUGAAUUACAAUCAUAAUCCGAAUAGACUUAGGAAUCCUUGUGGGACUCGGAUUACUGGCAGUGCGAGGUAGCUUCUUUGAAGCCCUCGAAAAUAGUCUUCCUAGAUGAUUCGAUCUCACCCAAUCCCUUGACGUUGUAGAAGGGAACUUCCUCUGUCUCCUCCAACUUGAAUUAGCUCGAAUGCAUCUCUCAAACUCAAGUUAUAGGUCUUCAAAGGUAGCAUCUUGAACUCAGUUCCUGCCUUAGCCAAAUCUGGACAGUUUCCAGGUUCCUUCAUAGCAUUUUGUGAGACUUGAUAAACAUCCUUCCUGGCAUCUCCUCGAGCUCCAUGACAUAUCAAUCGAAUUAUAAAGACUUGAAGUUCAC